GUUUCCCUGAUUUUCCAGGGAGUUGUAAGCGAUGGAAGUGCUGCAGUGCGAUGGCUGUGAUUUCCGUGCAGAGUCCAACGAUGAGCUCAAGUCGCACAUACAGGACGUCCACACAGCCUUCCUGCAGCCUACUGAGGUGGGAGAGGCCAAUGAGUCCCCCCAGAGGUCCAGGUCAAACUCCCUGAACUCCCUCAGUCCCAUGGAGGAUGAGGAGGACUUGACCAAUAACGGUUCUGACUCAUUGAAAAAGGAUGCAGGCCUUCACAACUUUAGCAAAGACAUUGGGCAUUUCUCUGGUUCAGAGCAUACGAAACAAAACCAGUCAGCAAACAAAAUAUCAAGCCCAUUUUUCCAGUGCAAGUCUUGCGUGCGGUACUUCAGGUCCAGCUCUCUUCUCAGCGAGCACACUAGAAAGGUCCAUGGUAUCACUGGAGAAACCUUUCGAAGCGAGGAAAGCUCCCUCAAUGCUCCCAAGCAAUCCAGCUACAGCAGUACAAACCAUGAUGGUGUAGGAACUGUCUUAUGCCAAUAUUGUACUUUUAAAACCUCAAACCGAGCACAAAUGCUGAAACACCAGAAAAUGCAUCACAAGCAUGGUCUACUAGGCGCUGUGUCCUCUCCUGUCGAAGCAGAGGUUCUGGAUGUGGACUCUGAUUCACCCUUGUUUGAAGAACGUUGUGAAGAGACUUCAGCAGAUGUUCUAGAACAUCAUGUGCUGGAAGCGAUGAUCAAACCCCUCUCGAGAGGUGGAUUUAACUGUGAGUGGUGUGGCUUUCAGACUUUAAAAAGGCAGCAGUUAGCGGAUCACAUGAUGAAGAAACACCAUAACAUGGUGAAGAUCAUGGCGUCAUUGCAACAGCCCAAAUUGCACGAUGGAGGUGCAGGAUCCAGCAAGUCUGAUUCCGCCUCAUCACGGAGAAGCACGCCAACGUCCAAUCUAAUACUGAAUGAUCUAGCCAGUAAUGAAGGUUCCUCUGUCAGUGCCUCCUCGAUGAAAGUUUCUUCUGGCGGUGCAACUCUCAAGCCCACUUCAGGGACAUCAAAUUAUCAGUACUCACAGCUCACAGCAAAUAUACCCAAUAGCACAGGGUCUUCCAUACUGUCAGAGAGAUCGACAUUCACCAGCUCUGUCAUGGAUCUAGAUGCCAGCAUGCUGAAUGAUUCCAAAAGCAGUUCAGAUGAUGAAAUCUGUGACCUGAAUGAUCCCAAUCACACUGAGUCAGCUGAGGAUUCGGCUAAGCUGCUACUGUCAGAAAAGGACAGUGACCUACUGGAAACCAAAGGAGUUCCAUUCAAAAGACACAUGAACAGAUUUCAGUGCCCUUUCUGUUCCUUCUUGACCAUGCAUCGCCGUAGUAUUUCUCGUCACAUAGAGAACAUACACUUAUCUGGUAAAGCGACGGUGUAUAAAUGUGACGAGUGCCCCUUUCUGUGCACCAACCCACUAAAACUGGAUUCGCACAAACAAUGUCAUGGUAGGUCUUCUGAAUGGGACACCAUGGACUUAAUCAAUGAAAGUCAAGAAGGUCCUGAAUGCUCCGAGGCAGUGAAUGGAGGAAAGAGCAACUCUAAAAUCAAUGGCAAGAAAUCCAGUGCUGCAGAGGAUCAGCAGGGUCCUCAUCGCUGUUCACUGUGUAACUUCUCCACAACAACACUGAAAGGCCUACGUGUCCACCAGCAACAUAAACACUCGUACUGUGAUGGAACACAAGUCUCGGGUCAAGAAGGCUUGUCCAGUGAGCAACAAGAUUCAGAGUCUGAGUCGUAUGGCAUUUCAAACUUUGUGAAAAAAUCUCAAACGUCAAUACUUGGAUUUUCGACCAGGAAGCACCUUAUUGGGAAGACGGCCAGGAAGUCCAUCAAUGACUUGCCCUUGGAUUUGUCUCCUGUCAAAAAACGGACAAGGAUUGAUGAAAUUGCAAACAACCUCCAGAGUAAGAUUAGUCAAAGCCAACAGCAGGAAGAUGUGAUUAACCUUGAGGAAAUGGAUGAUGACGUUGAGGAGAAUGGCAAUCACGUUGAUUUCAAAACAAGCCAAGAGCGAGAAAACUCUGAGAUUGUAAGUCAGUGCUACACAUUCAACACUCAGCACCUUCACGUGAGGAAUUCUGGAGGUCUUCAGAAAGAGCGUGGUGUCGGGAAAAGGAAACGCAGCCUGCAGUCCAAACUCAGCUCGAGAAACAUUCCAGUUAAUAUUUCGGAUGAUGAAGACAAUUAUAGUGCCUCUAUGGAAUCCAAAGAUGUUCAAGAUCACAGCAGUCAAGAUGGCAUAGAUGUGUAUCAGGACAGUGUCGAAUACACAGAGGCAACUGGAAACCUGUUUUACUGCAAACAUUGCGAAUACCAAAACAAGUCUGCUCGCAGUGUCAGCACACACUACCAGAGAAUGCACCCUUACAUCAAGUUUAGCUUCAGAUACAUCCUAGACCCAGAAGAUCAUAGUGCAGUCUUCCGUUGUCUUGAGUGCUUCAUUGAAUACAACAACUUUAAUGAUCUCCACCAGCACUAUAUGACACACCAUCCAGAAGCAAGCAACGUCCUGAACUUUAACCAGCCAGAUCUGGUUUACAUGUGCCGUUUCUGUUCAUACACCAGUCCAAAUGUGAGGAGUCUGAUGCCCCAUUAUCAGAGAAUGCACCCUUCUGUGAAGAUCAACAAUGCUAUGAUCUUCUCCAGCUACAUGGUUGAUCAGCCUCAAAAGGGUGCAACAGAGUCCCAAACACUGAGAGAAAUCCUAAAUUCUGGACCAAAGAGUUUCGGCUCCACCUCAUCUGGCUCUAGAUCAUCGUCAAGUCCUGCUCUCAAAAGCACCAGCAAAACCCCAGAUGCCAACGCAGAGGCUGAAGCUUUUCAAGAAGGUCUGGGUGGUAAUGUAGUGGUGUACGACUGUGAUAUUUGUUCUUUUUCAAGCCCCAACAUGCACUCAGUGUUGGUCCACUAUCAGAAGAAACACCCUGAGCAAAAGGCCUCAUACUUCCGCAUUCAGAAAACCAUGCGUGUCACAUCUGUUGACAGAAUACAGCUGUCAAGAAACUCAACCUACACUCUGUCCAGCACCCCAAAGUCUUCAAAUGUUGCCUUACCUGUUCCUCUAGAUGAAGAUGUGUACUACUGCAAACACUGUGUCUACAAUAACCGCUCUGUUGUGGGCGUUCUGGUCCACUACCAAAAACGCCAUCCUGAGAUUAAGGUAACCGCAAAGUACAUCAAGCAAGCUCCGCCAACCCCAGGGCUAAUGAAACUGAUGGAUGAAUUACAGAUUGCACCCCCUAAACAGUUUCUAAAGCAGUUCAAUAACAACGGGGUUGAAGGAUCGAAUAAUUCAAACACUAUAGGAGCACCUGAUAAAGGAGAACCUGAAAUACUCUUCUUCUGCCAGCACUGCGACUACGGAAACCGCACUGUGAAAGGCGUGUUGAUUCACUACCAGAAGAAGCACAAGGAUGUAAAGGCCAACGCUGACCUUGUACGUAGACAUACAGCUGUGGUUCGGAGUCAGAGAGAACGAGCCCAGAUGAUCCAAGCAGGAAGUUCUACAUCCACGGUAACUGUAGCUACUGAAUCUGAAAAAUCCAGGUCACUACGAUCUUUGAAGUGUCAACACUGUGCGUACACAUCUCCAUAUGUGUAUGCCUUGAAGAAGCAUUUGAAGAAGGAUCAUCCUACUGUGAAGGCCACGGCCAUGACGAUCUUACACUGGGCUUAUCAGGACGGCGUGUUGGAGGCGGGUUAUCACUGUGAGUGGUGCAUCUAUUCCCACGCUGAACCGAGCGGCCUGCUCAUGCAUUACCAAAGACGCCACCCUGAGCACAAUGUUGACUACACUUACAUGGCUAGCAAGCUGUGGGCUGGACCUGAUACUUCCACCAGCAAGCAAGCGGGAAACUCUGAAACAAAGCAUUAUCAAUGCCGGGAUUGUGCCUUUGAGGCCUGCUCCAUCUGGGACAUAACUAACCAUUACCAAGCAGUGCACCCUUGGGCCAUUAAAGGUGACGAGUCUGUCCUCAUUGACAUUAUCAAGGGGAACCAAGCAUCAGAGAAGCUUCUCCCACAGUUGACCAAAGGACACGUUUCCAAGUCCAUUGUGUUUAACAGUCACCAGCAAGAAGAGGGUGCGGUUGAAGUCAGCCAUCCAAUACAUGAGCUGCACCCUAAUCUCUCUUUAUCUGCCACCUCAUCGAUCUCCAACAAUCCUUACCAGUGCACUGUGUGCUUGUCAGAGUACAACAGUCUUCAUGGGCUUUUGACCCACUAUGGCAAGAAACACCCAGGUAUGAAGGUGAAAGCAGCUGACUUUGCUCAGGAAGCGGACAUCAACCCGAGUUCCGUUUACAAGUGCAGACACUGUCCAUACGUGAACUCUCGUAUCCACGGAGUUCUUACACACUACCAGAAACGGCAUCCAUCCAUUAAAGUCACGGCAGAAGACUUUGCAGAUGAUGUUGAACAGGUAAACGAGUUGGGUAAUGACGGGGACGAAAAGUCUAAAACGCAGAGGCAGGGCUAUGGCGCGUACCGCUGCAAGAUGUGCCCUUACACACACGGGACUCUAGAGAAACUGAAGAUACACUAUGAGAAGUAUCACAACCAGCCUGCCUCAGACAUGUUCAAAACAACUGUCAUGCAGUCGCCAGCCAGAAGAGACGAUUUAGUGGCCGAAUGCAGUAGCAGCAGUGUGACAGAAGUCACUGAGGUCUGUGACUUUGUCCCCACACACUCCGAACUCGCAAAGAGCGACAAGCAUGCAUUGUUUAAAUGUCAGCUUUGCAAAUACUUCUGCUCCACUCGGAAGGGUAUCGCUCGUCACUACCGUAUCAAGCACAACAACGUCAGAGCUCAGCCCGAAGGGAAGAACAAUGUGUUUAAAUGUGCGCUUUGCUCCUACACCAACCCUAUCCGCAAGGGUCUCGCAGCACACUACCAGAAGCGCCAUGACAUCGAUGCGUACUACACACAUUGCUUGGCGGCAUCCAAGACGGUAAGUGAGAAGCCGGACAAGGUGAUGCUGCCCUUACCGUCAAACGCUAAGGCUCCAGUCAUGAGUGAGGAACUGCGGCUCUCGGUGGACAGAAGAAAAUGUUCCCUCUGCUCGUUCCAGGCAUUCAGCAGAAAAAGUAUUGUGUCUCACUACAUCAAGCGCCACCCAGGAGUCUUUCCCAAGAAGCAGCCCUCCAGCAAACUGGGCCGUUACUUCACUGUGAUCUAUUCCAAGGAGGCAGAGAAACCUCUCUCCAAUGAAGAUGUGGAGAUAGUUGAUGUUAAGGAUGAGGUGGAACCUGAAAGAGACGUGGACUGGCUUCCCUUUAAAUGUGUGAAAUGUUUAAAGCUUGCAUUCAAUGCUGUGGAGCUGCUGGUGAUGCAUUACAAUGACUGCCACAGUAAAGAACUCAAGCGGGACUUUGUCACCAUUCCGAGUCCAGCAGAAGAUGGCACAGAGCUUUACCAGUGCACCCACUGUGAAAUCAAGUUCUUGGCACUUCCAGAACUCAGUGUCCAUCUGAUGAGCCACAACGAGGACUUCCAAAAAAGAGCCAUGAGACUGGAAAGGAGGAAACAGCUUCAAAGCAAACAGAGGCCUACAGAACCAUCAGAGGCCAAACCAGAGAAUAAGGUUGACGGUAUGGGUGAGAUGACUCCUAUCGGCUACAGGUGCAACUUCUGUGUGGAGGUUCACCCCACCCUCCGUGCCAUCUGUAACCACUUAAGAAAGCAUGUGCAGUACGGAGAGGCCAAGGAAGUUCGUGUGAAGCAGGAAGCCGUCGAGUUGCCUGUCCCUGUUCCUGCAGACGAGGUCACCAAUGGGGACAUGGAGGAUGUUGUUGCAGGGGACGCUGACCCUCUGGAGACUGAUACACCACUGGUCGCCAUGGAGACUGAGGAGUCAGUGCCCGUGGAAACUGUGCCCAUGGUUGAAUCGUUGGAUGUCUUGGAGCAGGAAAAGCCACGAGCGGUUCCGGGUCACCCGUGCAGCCUGUGCGACCGCAUGUUCAUGUCCAUGCAGGGCCUGCGCUCGCACGAGAGGAGCCACUCUACUGUCACACUCGUCAGUAAAAACAACAAAUACAGCUGCCAGUACUGUCAGUUCUCUUCACCGUUCAGACACAAUUUGGAUCGCCACGUUCAAUCUCAUCACGGACAUCAGAAGCCCUUCCGCUGUAAGUUCUGUCCCUUUAAAUCAUCAUACCUGAGCCGACUCAAGAGCCACCUGCACAAAACACACGCAGGUGAAAACACAUAUAAGUGUAUCUCGUGUGCGUUCACCGCCGCCACCAUCAUUCAGCUGAAGGAGCAUUCGUUGCGAGAACACAGCGAGACGCUCACGCUCCCCAGACUCAGAGCUGGAGCCGCGCUGCGCUCAACACGCCCGAACGAUGAACACAACACUGAAGACACGCCCCCCGACACACAGUCCAAUGAGCCAGUGAGGUAUCUGGAGCCAACAGACGUCCAGCAGCAGUUGAGCCAUUAUCAGCAGGCGUCACGCGUUCAGAGUGACGUGUCACCCAAUCCGUCGUCUGCAGCUGCUCCGCCUGCGCUAUCUGCAGAGGCUGCGGUUCCUCAGGCCCGACCUGAUGCCAUCCUCACCUGUGAGUUCUGUGAGUUCAGUUCCGGUUACAUGCAGAGUCUGCGCAGACAUUACCGCGACCGACACGGAGGAAAGAAGCUCUUCAAAUGCAAAGACUGCACAUUCUUCACCUGCUACAAAUCUACAUUCACAUUGCAUGUUGAGAACGGUCACGCCAGCACACCUGAGGAGACUCCUAAAGAUCUGAGCUGUCCGUUCUGUCUGUAUCACACCAAACACAAGGGAAGCAUGAUCGACCACAUCGUCCUGCACAGAGAGGAGCGUGUGGUGCCUCUGGAGGUGUCUCGCUCGAAGCUCUCGCGUCAUCUGGAGGGCGUGGUGUUCCGCUGUCAUAAAUGCACCUUCACGUGUUCCAGCGAGCAGAACCUUCAACAGCACGUUCAGAAACACGAAGAGCUGAAGCCGUAUCAGUGUCAGCUCUGUUACUACGACAGCAAACUCCUGCACGAGCUCGAGAUACACCUGCAACAAGAACACAAGGUGCUACGUAACUUUGAGCUGGUGGGGCGGGUGAACCUGGACCAGCUGGAGUUGAUGAAGGAGAAGAUGAGUGAGGAAGAGGAGGGAGAGGAAGCAGACACUGUCGUGGAGGAAGAGGAAGAGAAGCUGAUGGUGGAUGAAGAGGAAGAGAGGUUGGAGGAGAGCAGAGCUGAAGAGACGAGCGACAGACAGGAGGAGACGGGUGUUCCUGUCCCGGAGGCUCCGGUCGGCAGCGGAGUAAAACGUUAUCCAUGUGAGUUCUGCGGCCGAACGUUCACACUCAGCACAGAAUGGGAGAGACACGUGUUUCGACAUGGCAUGACUGUUAACAGCAGCAAGAAAGACGCCAAUCCGGUGACCUCAUCGCCUCUGAUUGGUCCCGUGGCUGUGAUUGACAGAGGGCCGGACCUAUCCAGUAACACUGUGGAUGCUGCGAGGGCGGAUCAGUCCGACCAAUCCAAGAGUCCGAUUGUGAGCGAGGAAGACAAAGAGACGCUGGAGACCAAAAACGACCCUUAGGAGCAAAACAAAAUCUGUAGAGCAACGAGUUAAUUUGCUUUAGAUCACGUGACAUGGUUAAGAAUGUCGUACGUUUCGAUUUUUGAAGAACAAAUUUGGCUGCUGCAUUAAUAUUUAGUCCAAAAGCUACAUUUGUCCAAAGGAACCCUCUCGCUUUGGAAUAACGUUCGAUUUGACUGGUUGAACAUUUGCAUUUCGGGUUGUUUUACAACAUGUUUGUUCAGUUGCUGAAUCUUACACUGAAUUUUAAGAAGUGUGUCUUUGGUCCCUGUGGACAGUUGUUGAUAUAUUGGUAACCAAUAGUGAAUGAAACUGUGAGGUGAUAAAAUUCCCAUUGAAUCAGCGUUCCCUCCGGCCGCGACUUUAUCUGAACGCCAGAGAUCAUAAAAACAGAUUUGAAAAUCAUUCAUGCACUUUUUGUCACACACAUUUAAAAUAACAAAAUAAAGGAAGGAUGUAUUGUUCGAGAAAAAUAAAAGUAAUGUACGUUAAAUGCAACGUAUGAUAAACGUAACAUACAAAUAACAUAAUGUCUUCCACCGUGUGAAAUGGCACGCACUGAUAGUCUGUAAGACGGUGCGGUUGCGGUUCAUGUACAUUAAAAGAGCUGUAAGCUCUUAAAAACAACAAACAACAAACAAAAAAAACGUGCAACUGGACUUGAAAGGUCCGGAACGUUCCCGGACGUGCUGGAGGGAUCUUUUGAUUCGGUCUGAACGUCACCUGACGGUUUCUGUUUUUACAUUUUAGCCUUGUGUUAAUCUUCCUGUAGCUGAAUUCCUUGAGGAAUAGUUGUCAUCUUAUUUAUCUAGAUAUCAGAAGCUUCAUUUGUUUUUAGAUAUAUUUUAGAAUAUCAACACUUGCCCCAUAAAUUCUAGCAAAUUUCUAACUUUUAAGAUUUAUUCGAUUUUCGGACAUUUCCGCCUCGUCUUGCACUUCCACCCCCCAACGCAACGCUUAAUAACGGCCUCUAUGCAGAAAUAACGAUUCUGUACACACAAUGACUAAAGAUACAUCAUCUGAUUAUUCUAGCUAGUUUCUUGCCUUCGGAACGUAAAGAUUUCUCCUCCAAUGAACGCCGUGACCGUUCUGUUGUUGAUUGGCUGAUCUUAAAAGUAUUGAACAACAAUAAAAUAACUUGAGCUCUGCGCGUUAGCAGUUGUGGAAGACAACAUUUUCAACACAUCAUUUUCAAUAUCACAAAAAUCAUAUUUACAGAAAUGGAAGUCUAUGGUGCAAGAUCAUACAGCAUGAGACUAGUGCGAUUACACUUAUUAAAAGAUCACUUAUUAAACUUAAUCUGAAAUGACUAAGAAGUUCAACUCUGACUUAUUAAAAUUAAACAAUAUUCAACUUCAAUGUUGUGGCCAUGUGUAACUUUUACAUACCAGGACUGUUUACACUAGGGCUGAAACGAUUAGUGUACUGUAGAGCGGAGGAGGGCGGGACCGGGCUGGAACGACGCACGCCCAGUCCCCAAUCAGCCUGAUGGGGCGUGCGAGGGAUAAAGGCAGCUGGUGACGACAGUAUGAGAGAGAGAGAAUUACAGGGCAGCUGCCCGCCUGCCGGCUGAUCAUCCCCGGCUUCCUCAACCUGGGAGGAGACAGGAGGGGAAAAACAUCAAAAAAACUAAAUUGGCGAAGGCAAAGGCCAAGACGGAACAACAGAGAGAGAGAAACUCAGUCACCGGUUCUCUGAUGCGCCGUUGCGUGGUCCUCGAUCGCUCCUCCACACUCUCAGGUGGACGACAGCCGCUCCCGCUCCUCCCGGGCGGACCGGUGUCAGACCUCCGAUCCCCAGUGGACAGAACACCCCUCCGCGUUCCCGGCGACCCGUGAGGACACUCCUCCUCCCCUGGCAGAGGCCCUACCUCUCCAGGCGGUCAGGGAGUCGCUUCCCUCCUCCCCUGGAGUUUCUGGGGGAUGGCAGUGCACUCCUCCGCCCCUGGCAAAGGCUCCAUCACGCCAGGCGGUCGGGUAGUCCAGUCCCCACUCGCCCCAUGCACAGCGGCCAUUCUCCGCGUCCGGGCGGUCUGGUGACUCCGUUCCCCGGUGCAUGCCAGUGGCGCUCCUCUGGGAGGACGGCAGUGUCGUUAAGUGCACUCUAAACUUUCCAAAGCGCUUCAGCUGAUGUAGAUCGCAACAUAUGAGGAAAUACAGAAGCACUGUCGUCGUGAAAUAAAGCAGAGCCGGAUCUGACAUUCCACUUAAGCAAAACCGGCAUGCCAGAGCAUCUAAAACCCUGUCACUCAUGUGCGUUUGCCCAAGAUCUGCCUAGAAAAGUAGUUCCACCUCAGAAGGAUGAUUUAGACACUUUAUAGCUUAUAUAACACUAAUUUAUUACAGAGGAAGUAAUAUAAGCAUUUCAAAUACCAGUUUAAAAAAGUGUGAGUGUCACAGCUACACUUGCCUCAUAGACUUCCAUUGUAAGUGCAUUACUGUAAACUCCAGUAAUAAAUUGAAAUGAUGUGGUAAUUCACAGCACGUCACAGGUGAAAUGAGACCACGUCCACACUAAUUGGGUUUUUGUUUGGAAAACGUUGACGUAAAGUAAUGGAGAACGCACUUUCCAAAGUAUGUGGUAAUGGAAACGAGUGUGAUAAAAGCAUAAACGUUGCAGAAUUGAUGCAUUUUCUAGCAAAAACGAAUUAGUGUGGACGUAGCAUGAGCUUAAAGGAAUAUUCCGGUAAGUUAUUCCAAAAUAAGUUAAGCUCAGUUGACAGCAUUUGUGCAUUAAUGUUGAUUACCACAAAAAAUAUUUUAUUUUAUUUAAAUAAAAUCACGUUUGCAUGACAAUGAAACCCUGAAAUCCCCAAUUGGGAUAAAACUUAACACAGAUCAAAUUAGUAAGCAAUCUUAUCAGGCUAAAAUCAUGUAGCUACACUUUUAAACAUGUGUAUUUUGGCAUUUAUGGAUUGGCCCAUUCACUUCCAUUGUAAAUUUCGUUGAGUAACCAUUUUCUUUUAUGUAUUUAAUAAAGAAGCCACAAAUGCUCUUGAGCAGGGGUGCCCAAUACGCAAAGGCAAUGCUGGUAGAUCGCACAAAGUUUAAAUGUACUUUCGUUAAAUUUUAAUACAAAUAAAUAUAAUGUUUUUCCUUCUUUUAGUUUCUGUCUGACUUGCACUUGACCAGUAAAUAUUGACCAGGCCAUGUUUUGUUUAUUCAGUUGCCAUGACAACUAGGUUUGCGCAUACGCGCAAACCUAGUUGUCAUGGCAACUGAAUAAACAAAACAUGGCCUGGUCAAUAUUUACUGGUAAAUGCCCUGACUAUUGUAAUCUAUUGUGCUGUAGGUGUUUUGGGUUUAGUGUUAAAACUGAAUGAUAUCAACAUUGAACAUUAUUAUAUAUUUGUUUAUUAAUUACAAGAUGAAUUCCAUGUAGGGAUACAUGCAGUAGUCCCAACAAGCAUUUUCUUAUUUUAAAUGAAACUGUGUUUUUUUUAGUUGGUAGACCUUAUUGAGUUUUUUAGUAAAGUAGAUCAUCACACAAAAGUGUGGGCACCCCUGCUCUUGAUUAAACUUCCCUUUCUGAACUCUGAACAUUCCUUUAAACAAGGAGUUCUGACCGCAGGGAACGACAGAAUGAGACUUUGAGGCUUCCGUAGUUUCGGUGUACUGUACGGCUGAUUGUAUGUGAGGUCGCUGCUUGAAACCCCAAAGCCUUAUCCCGCGAGAAUAUUUGACGCUCAAUUUCAAAUGCUUCCAGCUUCUGUUGGAUCGGUGAAGCUUUUAUUUGUAUCUGUAAUUAAACACAUUUACAGUGAGACAUGAGUAAAGAACACAAAACUCUUCUAGGUACCAAACGUGUCGCUUUCAAAGUUCCGGCCGGUUGCGGAGAUGAUGACGAUUGUCUUUCCCGAGCAAUGAUUGGACAUUGCUGAGGGGGCACCCAGCUGCCUUCUGGGUAAUGCGCAUGCCGUUUCACAGCCAUGUAUAAAAGUCCAAACGUCUCAUCAGUGCGUGUUUGAAACUGUGCCGUUUCACGGAAGGGUCUGUUCAUUUUACGUGUUGUUCUGCUAUUUAAAUGAAUAAAGAAGAAAAGAAAGAAAGAAAAAUACAAAAUAACAUUUCUUUUGUAGCUCUCCACUGUUCAAAGCUGUUGUAAAUUGUCUGGUUAAGAAAAAUUAUGAAAAUAAUCUCCUUUUUUUGUACCUUUAAACCUCUCCAUUUCCUUCAUAAGGAGUAGCCCAACCUUUCUAAACGAAACCCCGUGUAGAAAAGCAUCAGAAAUAAGCUUUCACGAGUAACACACUGGAUCUGUGAAUAUACGCUUUAGUUUUCUCGGUUGUUUCCCUUUAAUUCUCUCUCGUCCUGUUGAAGGUGCAUCAUAGUUUAGCUCCGCCUCCACUCUGCCUUUCUUCUGUGAAACUCCUGCUGUUGGGUUGUGAUGUCGACUAGACUGGAUGUUUACAGUUUUAUUCCUUUGAUUUCUCUAUAUUCUGUAAAUAUUGUAAUUCAUUGUCUUUUUUUAACUUGGUAAUAAAGUUAUCAGAUAA